UUGAGGGUAACUUUCCUACUUUCCUUUGCAAAAGCCAAGAUGAACUGUCGUUCAGAGGUGCUGGAGGUAUCAGUGGAGGGUCGCCAAAUCGAAGAAUCUAUGCUGGCCGUGUUGCAUACCGUACUGCUCCACCGCAGCACAGGGAAGUUCCAUUACAAAAAGGAAGGAACCUACUCCAUUGGGACCGUUGGCACCCAAGAUGUUGACUGUGACUUCAUUGAUUUUACCUAUGUCAGGGUUUCUUCAGAAGAGCUCGACCGGGUAUUGAGAAAGGCUGUUGGGGAAUUUAAGGAUGCUUUGCGAAACUCUGGCAAUGAUGGGAUAGGCCAGAUCUCACUGGAGUUCUAUCAGAAGAAGAAGUCACGGUGGCCUUUCUCAGAUGAGUGCAUCCCUUGGGAAGUGUGGACGGUCAAAGUGAAUGUGGUGAGCCUGGCUAACGAGCAGGAGCGGCAGAUCUGUCGUGAGAAAGUGGGUGAGAAACUCUGCGAGAAAAUCAUCAAUAUUGUAGAGGUGAUGAACCGGCAUGAGUACCUACCCAAGAUGCCCACCCAGUCAGAGGUGGACAAUGUCUUUGAUACAGGAUUGCGGGAUGUCCAGCCCUACCUGUACAAGAUUUCUUACCAGAUAACUGACUCACUUGGGACCUCUGUCACCACCACAAUGCGGCGCCUCAUUAAGGACACUCUUGCACUCUGAUGCCCAUGAGAAUGUGGACCUGAUAUCAUUGUGAAGCAGCACAAGCAACUAGCAUUCUGCCCUCACACAGCUUCAGAGUACUGAAUCCAUCCAUUCUCCCAGAAAACCCAAGAGUCUUGACGCCCAGAUACUCUAUUCUAAUUCAUUAAUUUCCAAACCCAUCCAGGGCCAGGAUGGAAACAACACCACUUCUCUAGAUCCUCAUAAUAAAGAAAGGAAUUCUGGAGUCCUCCUUUAGUUC